CGGAGGAGACUUCUGUGUCCGAUGUUCUUCCACAGCGCUGACUGGGAUCUUUUUUCCUCCAGCUUAAAGUGAAAAAGUCACUGAGGGGGGAAAAAAAAAACUUGACAAUCAUGAUCCACACCGCGGAAUGCCCCGUGGACGCGCAGAGCCUGAUCUCCAUUUCCCUCAUGAAGAUCCACAACUCCAGGACGCAGCGUGGAGGCAUCAAGCUGCACAAAAACCUUCUGGUCUCCUACGUGCUGAGGAACGCGCGGCAGCUUUACAUCAAGGAGAAGUACGCCGAGAUCUACCGGAUGCAGCAGUACGAGGAGGUGAUGGCGGUCUGCAACGAGAUCCAGGAGCUGGACCCGCUGGACGUGGACGAGGAGGAGGAGGAGGAGGAGGAGCAGCAGACGCGGGCGGCUUGCUGCGGCGAUGAGGCGGCGCACUGCCGGGUGGCGAGCGCCCUCCCCGGUAAAGACCCGGAGUCCUGCUACCGGAGCUGCUGCGUGGGUGAGCAAACCCCCGCCGACAACUGCAACAAAACCACCGUGUUGGACCUGGACACGCAUGUGGUGACGACGGUGGAGAACGGCUACCUCCACCAGGACUGCCGCUGCCGCGACGCGCCGCAGGCCGGCCAGGGCGCGCAGCCGCCCGUCAAGAAGCGGAAGGUGGACUCGGGCGCUUGUUGCCCGUGCGACGCCGAGGAAGUGUGCGACUUUUCCGCCUCGCGCAAGCGGCCGAAGCGCGACGAGUACGCGUACUGCCACCCGGACUACACGGACACCUCCAACAUCUCCAACCUCAUCUCCAUCUUCGGCUCGGGCUUUUCGGGACUGCUGAGCAGGCAGGCGGACUUGGAGCAGAUCUGCGGCAAGCAAGCCCUGGCCAGCCUGGGCGCUUGGACCCACGCCAUUGUGGCGUUUUGAACCAAAACCCUGGCAAAUAACACGCUUCACGCCUGUGGAAACCUGGAAAUAUCCUUCAUGGGGUCCUACAUGAGGGCCAAUGGGUUCUAUGUGAUCCCUGGUGGGUCCUACAUACUCAUCCAUGGGUCCUACAUCAUGAGUCCUACAUGCUCAUCCAUGGGUCCUACAUGCUCAUCCAUGGGUCCUACAUGCUCAUCCAUGGGUCCUACAUUAUGAGUCCUACAUGCUCAUCCAUGGGUCCUACAUCAUGAGUCCUACAUGCUCAUCCAUGGGUCCUACAUCAUGAGUCCUACAUGCUCAUCCAUGGGUCCUGCAUUCUCAUCCAUGGGUCCUACAUGCUUAGCCAUGGGUCCUACAUGCUCAUCCAUGGCUCCUACAUCAUGAGUCCUACAUGCUCAUCCAUGGGUCCUACAUGCUCAUCCAUGGGUCCUACAUCAUGAGUCCUACAUGCUCAUCCAUGGGUCCUACAGCAUGAGUCAUACAUGCUCAUCCAUGGGUCCUGCAUGCUCAUCCAUGGGUCCUACAUGCUCAUCCAUGGGUCCAACAUCAUGAGUCCUACAUGCUCAUCCAUGGGUCCUACAUGAUGAGUCCUACAUGCUCAUCCAUGGGUCCUACAUGGUCCCCGAAGAGUUUUUUUUUUUUUUUUUUCAUGGUGCGUCUCCAGAUGUUCCGUACCUGGAAACAUUUGAAAAGAUGAGUGAACCUUCUCUCCGGCAGCACAUAACGGAAAGUCCUUCCAAGUCAUAAAAUGUUCCCUAGGAGGAUGGCGGGCUUCACGUGAACGCGCGUAGGACCUAAUAAGUGUUCUCUGUGCUCAAAUGCAAGAUGCACUUCAUUCUAUAUCCAUGACGUACUGUAAGUACUGUAUGUGUAGGACAUCUUCUUUGCAUGUCUCCAGCAAAGCUGCGUACAAAGAGGUCAUUUCUUCAGAUCCCCACAACGGAAACACAUGUAAUAUGUUGGUUUUCACCAUGUUGUCACACCCGGGGUGUCCAAAGUGGGGUCAUUUGUUUUUAUUAGUCCUGGACACAGUCUAAAACAAGGGCAUCAAACUCGUCUCCAUUGUAGGCCACAUUAAAGUUACGGAAGCCCUCGCAGGGCCGCAUCAUGAUUUAUUACACAAUUAUUAUUGUUGUUUAGCAACAAACUGAUGAUAAACUAGUUUAAUUUUAUUUUAAAAAGAGUUUCAAUGACAAAAAAGGCUUAAAAUAGCUUCUUGCAUAUGCAAAUUGAAAAAAAAAUGUAUCGAUAAAGAGGAAAUGCCUUAUUGACGUGCAUUAUUUACAGGCUAUUGCAGGCCACAUACAUUUAAUUGGCCUGAGGCUUUGAAUGUGACACCUCUGUCGUUUUAAAAAACAAAAAAGGCAGAGGGGAAAAAGAGCAAAACAUGGCAAUGUAUGGAGUGAAAGUACAAAACAAUGUAUUUUAUUUUUAAAUGUUUAAAACAAGGGUCCCCAAACUAUGGCCCACAGGCCGGAUCCAGCCCACCAGCGUCCAAAAUCCGGCCCGCGGGGAGUCCCAAGUAAAAAAAUAAAAACAAUUUUAAUCUGCCCUUUCUAAUCCAUUUUCUACCGCUUGUUACUCUCGAUGUCUCCUAGCCGCUCAGGCAAAUCAUAUUGUCUAAAAAUGCAUUUUCCCAUCGAUAACAUGACAUCAUAACACUCACAAGCGCGUGGCAAGUGCGCGUUCUUUCAGUCAAUUAGUGCAAGAGGAAUAUAUAUAUGUAUAUAUAUAUAUAUAUAUAUAUAUAUAUAUAUAUAUAUAUAUAUAUAUAUACACAUACAGCCCGGCCCCCGGCCAAAUUGUUUUAACCCAAUGCGGCCCCCAAGUCAAAAAGUUUGGGGACCCCUGGUUUAGAAUUUUGGGAAUUUUUUUUUUAAUUUUUUUGUAACUUUUAGUUGUUUUGCUUUGUUUGAUUUGAAUACUUUAAUGUUUUUUUAUUUUUUUUUAUUUGUUAUUUAGUUUUUUUUAAGUUUUUUGUCAUUUUGAAUUGUUUUUUUUUAUAAAAAAUGUUUUACUGUUAUGCAAUUGUUUUUUUCUUAUAAAUUAUUUUAAAAUGUUUUUUUUUUUUUUUAACUAACUGAAAACAUGUGACCUUUGCUUUCUCACUUUACAGCCAAACAAAAUGAUUAAAAGUUGAAAGUAAGUAUGCGGGGUCCACUUCAACAGCACAUUGAAUAUCCUUUCAAGAAAACAAGGCUUUUGUGUUUUGCGUGUGGGAAAGCAAAUAUUUUCUAAUUGUUUUCAUUCAAAAUAUGCAGCAGGACACUAAAAAAACAAGUUGUGGCCCCGAACCGUACUUUGGACACCUUGCCCUGCGAGAUGAGCGCUUAAAGCAGUUAAAGAUAUUAUUUUAUGGUAAAGAUUGGUGACAUAUAAACAGUAUUUUGUCUACACGUGCAUGAAGUUGCCUUAAAAUCAGCGAACACAAGUUAGUACACAACCUGACUGUCUUCCUAAAUGUCCUUUCAAAUGGACAUCAUCAGCAAUUCAAUCAAACCCUUCAAUUAUUUAUCUGGCAUUUUUACUCAUUCAGUUGCUUGUUUUCAGCACUCAUCGAUCAGAAAUGUUUGUGAGUUUGGAUUGUUUUGUACCAGAAGAAUCUGAAGACCUUUUGUUUUAAAAAGGCAAAGUCAUCAUUUCGCAAUGCAUUAGCUUUAUGAGCACGGUGUGUACCAAAAUAAAGAGAGUGUUUUGCCAUUCUCCACAUAUUUUGUUGAUAUUCUUGUAUUUUUGUGCUUAAAAAUGUAUAUUGCCGGGUAACACUGUUAUUAAAUAUUUUUUUUAAAUAAAAGUAUAAUCUUAAUAAAAAAAUUACAACUUUAAUCUCAUCUGUGAUCAUAAGAGCUUUUCUUACACAUACAGGGUGUGCCUAAAGUCUGAAUAUAUCACAUAAACAUUACAAUAUACACAUUGUAUCUGUAUAGUAC